AUGAGUUCCUACUCACCCAACAUUGGGCCGUUUUGUGUCUCGGAACCAGAUAAGUGGAAACUUUAUGAACUUCAAUUUACCAACUUCUUGGUUGCUGAAAGGAUAGACGGUGAGGAACGACAAAAGGCAUGUUUUCUCUCCCGUUGCGGUUUGCCUACCUUGGACUUGGCGGUGAAUCUCCUGCUGCCCCGGGACAUCGUGACUGUGUCCCUGAAAGACAUUUUGGUCAUGUUGAGGGGCCAUUUCAAACCUACGGUGUCAAUCUUUCCGGCGCGGCUGGCAUUCCACAGACGAGAUCAGCAACCGGGAGAGGCUGUUGCAGACUAUGCGGCAGCACUUCGUUUAGCGGCUGCUCCGUGCCAAUGGGCUGAACUGGAGGAAGCCCUCCGGGACUGGUUACUGCUGGGACUAUCGAAUGAGGCGGCACAGAGGCGGCUUUUGAAGCAGGAGAGUUUGUCCUUUGCAGAAGUUCUGAAGGAGGCCCUUGCAUCUGAAGCUGCGGAUUCGGGAGUCAAGGUUUUCAAGCAGAGAACUGUCGAAGUGAGUGCUGGGGGCUCCACUGUACAAAGACAGGGAAGCCCUGAGUCAGCCACUGAUUCCAGUGAGGCCGAAGACGACGUUGGGAAGGUGCGCCAAAAGACUGGCAGGGGCACUAAGGGUUCCACCGCCCCAUGUGCAGGGUGUGGCAACUGCCAUGUGCGUGCAAAGUGCCCGUUUAAGAACGCUGAGUGCCACGGUUGUGGGAAACGGGGUCAUAUAGCAAAAGUUUGCAGGCAAAGAGCGGAAGGGCGCCGGGGUGAUGGUCAUCGCCAGUGGAGGGACCAGUCUGUGUCCAAGGUUACCACGGCCCGCCAAAGGGAAUCUAGGGUGCAGGUGGCUACAGAGAGGUUUGUUGUGGGUGUAUCAAUACAAGGGACACUUACCUCGAUGGAGAUUGACUCGGGAACGUCUUACUCGAUUAUCUCACAGAGGGACUUCCAGAAGAUUUCGCCUGCUGCCUGUCCCCGUCUACGUGCGCUUAAAGUGUCUUUACGUGACGUGCAGGGGCGCCAUAUUCCGGUAUUGGGAAUUGGCACGUUUCAUGUAAAAUUCAAGGGUUGUUCCGCACAGCUGCCUUUGGUCGUCGUGAAGCAGGGUUGGAAUAAUUUGUUGGGGGUCCAGUGGUUUGAGCCACUGGGAAUUGCCUUUACAGGCAUCCAUGUCGUCGAGACUGAUCCUAUCCAAGACAUUUGUGAGAAAUAUAGGGAAGCAUUCCAGCCAGGAUUGGGAACCUAUAUGGGACAACCUAUUGCUUUCGACUUGGAUCCAGGGGUACAGCCCGUCAGAUUAAAGCCUCAGCGGGUUCCGUUUGCGUUGAAGGACAAAAUAGAGGAGGAACUGGACAGAUUGGUCGCCCAAGGGGUUUUGGAACCGAUUGACUCCGCCCCUUGGGAGACACCGAUAGUGAUGGUGUUGAAGGCUAACGGGGACAUUCGAAUAUGUGCAGAUUACAAAUGUACUAUUAAUAAGGCGAUUCGUGCAAAUGCUUAUCCAGUUCCAGUCGCAAGUCAUUUGUUGGCCUCCUUGCAUGGAGGCAAAUGUUUUGCUAAACUGGACUUGGCUCAGGCUUAUCAGCAAUUGCCAGUUACAUCUGAGGCAGCGCUAUGCCAAGCUAUAGUUACCCAUAAGGGAGUGUUCCGGGUAAAUCGGUUGCAAUUUGGGGUGAACGCUGCUCCUGGCAUUUUUCAAGCGCUAGUUGAACGCAUUUUGAAGGGAAUUAAUGGGGUGCUGCCAUAUUUUGAUGAUGUUCUCAUUUCAGCAGAAAAUAAGAGGGAACUGGCUGGAAAGUUGGGGGAAGUGUUGCAAACUUUUCAGGAUGCGGGGUGGCGAGUAAAAAAAGAGAAAUGUGUUUUGCAUACUGAGGAGGUGGAGUUUUGGGGUUUCAGGGUCACUUCUGAGGGGAUUAGACCUUCUGAGUCCAAAGUUUGAGCUAUUUGGGGGGGCCCCUGCCCCACCUCAAAAACAGAACUGCAGGCGUUUUUGGGGUUGCUUAAUUUCUAUCAUGCAUUUUUACCGCAGAAAGCAGCAUGGGCUGAACCGCUGCAUCACUUACUCAGGAAACAAACAGUGUGGCAUUGGGGACCCCGUCAGGAGAAGGCGUUUAAAAGGGUAAAAAGUUUAUUAAUGUCAGAAGCUAUCCUGACUCAUUUCGACCCUAGGAAACCCAUACUGUUAGUAUGCGAUGCGUCCCCAGUAGGUGUCGGGGCUGUGUUGUGCCAUGAUUUGGGAAAUGGGUUAGAGGCGCCAAUUGCUUUUUACUCCAGGUCAUUGACCAAGACUGAAAGGAACUAUGCACAGAUAGACCGGGAAGCGUUGGAGAUUAUUGCAGGGACAAAGAAGUUCCAUGACUUCAUCUAUGGGUGGAAAUUUACCAUAGUGUCAGAUCAUAAACCCCUCCUGGGCAUUUUUGUGCCAGGGAAACAGACCCCCCAAAUUCUGUCACCCCGAAUGUUACGCUGGGCGAUGUUUUUGCAGGCAUAUGAUUUUAGUUUGAUCCAUCGUCCUGGGGCAGCUAUCAGUCAUGUGGAUGCAUUAUCUAGAUCCCCCAUCCCUUGUGAGGAACCAGAAGGGACCAGGCAUCAAGUUCUGUUGAAAGAGGCAUUACCCAGCCCUCCUGUUAUGGCGGUGGAUAUCGCCAGAGAAACAGGCAGGGACCCGAUGUUGACCAGGGUGCGGGGUUGGGUGCAGAAGGGAUGGCCGGUCAAGCCCCCAUCAGAUGAGUUUAGGGUUUUCCAUCAAAAAAGGGAUGAGCUCUCUUUAGAGCGUGGUUGUUUACUAUGGGGUCAGCGAGUUGUGAUACCGGAGGUUCUAAGGAAGAGAGUCUUGCAGGUUUUACAUAUUAGCCAUCCGGGAAUUGUGAAAUCUAAGUCACUGGCACAGAGCUAUUUUUGGUGGCCCAGGUUGGAUUUAGAUGUUGAAAAAUGGGUAGGGAGUUGUGUGGAUUGUCAGGCAUCGAGGCCAGAGGAGCCGCAACUGCCACAUAGGGAGUGGGAUACUGCAAGAGGACCAUGGUCCAGGAUCCAUGUGGAUUUUGCAGGCCCAUUCAAAGGAACAAUGUUUUUGCUGGCUGUUGAUGCCUAUUCUAAAUGGCUAGAAGUCUUUCCAGUCACUGGCACAACUUCUACUAUCACCAUAAGAAAGUUAAGGCAACUAUUUAGUACUUUUGGGUUGCCAGAUGUGUUGGUCACGGACAAUGCUUCUACAUUUACAUCUGCUCAGUUCCAGGAAUUUUUGGACAGGAAUGCAAUCCGGAUGUAACUUCGGCCCCUUUUCAUCCAGCGACGAAUGGGCAGGUAGAAAGGCUAGUAAGAACUACAAAGGAAGCGCUUAGGCGCAUGGGGCCAGGGGAUUUAGAACUACAUCUGUGCCAAUUCCUCCUAACUUAUAGGGUUACGCCCUUGGUGUCAGGUCAGUCACCGGCAGAGGUGCUCAUGCAGAGAAAGCCAGUCACCCUAUUGGAUAAAUUAGAUCCAGGGCGUAUGGAAGAUAGAGGUACAAACAUCGGGGUGGCAUCGCCUAAGAGUUUUGUAGUGGGCCAGCCGGUCCACUGCAGGAACUAUGCCUCUGGUCCCGCCUGGACUAAGGGUAAUAUAAUGGACCAGACUGGCCCUGUUUCAUAUACAGUACAAACAGAACUUGGGCAGGUCUGGAGGCGUCAUGCCGAGUAAUUGCGGCAUCGGGUGACCAAUGGAGAUGGUGGACAAGAAAGUGGGCAGGUUAGUAAGCCAGAGGGUGACAAAGAACAGGUGGUUGACCUAGAGGAAUCACACGAACUAGAGCAACUAACUGAGGAGCAAUCCGAGGCUGAUGAAUCAGCUAGUCAGGAGCCUGUGGCAGCCCCAGCAACAGAACUAAGCUCAGAGAGGGUUGUUAACACUCCCCAGCGGUCCAAAAGAGAGUGUGGGCCCCCGAGGUAUUGGAAGGAUUAUGUCGCUAUCUAAGGGGGAAGGGAUGUUAUGUCUAAGCGAGUAAAUAUCGCGAGACCAUUUUAUUAGGAUAAUUACGGUACUAGCGGUUUCGGUGCCAUAAUUGGUUUCAGCUGUAUUAAAUGUUAUUUUAUUGUAUAAUUUUAACUAUGGGCUAAUUGUUAGAGAGCCCACCCUUUGUAAUGGUCGGCAGCUGGUUCCAGAGAGUAUUUGGAGCUGGCUGAGAGCUAGCAGUGUCGUGUGGAGUCUUGAACAAGAAAGCUGAAAAUAAAGUCACUGAAGAUUUA